AUGAAUCCUGAAAAGAAGUAUUUCAUCCCGGACAAUGGUCGGAUCAGGGAGGAGCUGGGCGUUGUGUGUUACGAGACCAACGUCUUGGGAUUCCGAGGGCCCCGGAGAAUGUCUGUGAUCAUCCCAGGAAUCGAUGACCAGAACAAGAGAAUCAGAUUCCAGCCACAAAGUGAACGGGACUGCCUUUUGAAUCGGGUCCAACAGGGGGCCAACGAGGGGCUGGUCCUCCUGCAAAACAAAGUCCCAUCGUGGAGCUACGACACUGGCGCCUACGUGCUCAAUUUUCACGGUCGAGUCACUCAGGCCUCGGUCAAGAACUUCCAGAUUGUGUAUCCCAAUGACCCCGACUACUUGGUGCUUCAGUUCGGCCGCGUGGCCCCAGACCUGUUCACCAUGGACUUCUGCUUCCCGCUCUGCCCACUUCAAGCCUUUGCUAUCUGCUUGUCCAGUUUCGAUGGGAAACUGGCCUGUGAGUAA